CCGCCCACCCCCUAGGGGCUUUCUCCAGCCUCCAGCGACUGGAGUCCUGGAGCGCAGCCGCCGGGCGCGCGUUUCCGCCGAGCUGGGGCGCGCAGAGCAUUGGUUUUCUGGGGCCGCAAGAGACAAGAGGCGGUGACCUCGGUGCGCGCCCCGCGUCCCCGGCUCCCGGCCAGCUCCCCGGCCCCCGGCCCGCGCCCCGGCCGCCAGCAUGGUGCUGCUGGCCGGGCCCGGGCCGGAGGGCGGCGGGGCGCGCCGCGUGUCCCCGCAGUCGCCGUCCCCACCCCGGGACGCGCAGGCCGGGGAGGACCCAGCUGACUUCGAGGAGUACGAGGACUUCUCGAGUCUGCCCGACACCCGCAGCAUCGCCUCGGACGACUCCUUCUACCCUUUUGGAGGCGAGGAGGAGUACAGCUCCGUGAGCGCGGAGAGCGUCCCGGAGGCCGUCCCGGAGGCGGCGACCCUCCUGCGCGCCGCCUGCGCCAACGAUGUGGGGCUGCUGAGGGCGCUGGUGCGGCGGGGGCCCAGCGCCGAGGAGGUGCAGGAGACCGACCGCAACGGCCGGACCGGCCUCAUUGUCGCCUGCUACCACGGCUUUGUGGAUACUGUGGUGGUCUUAGCAGACUGCCCCCACGUUGACGUCAACUGGCAGGACAGCGAGGGCAACACGGCCCUGAUCACGGCUGCACAGGCAGGGCAUGUCACCAUCACCAACUACUUGUUGAACUAUUUCCCCGGUCUUGACCUUGAAAGGAGGAACGUGUUUGGGUUCACGGCCCUGAUGAAAGCCGCCAUGCAGGGCCGGACGGAGUGCAUCCGAGCCCUGAUGCUAGCAGGGGCAGAUGUCCACGCCAGGGACCCUCACCGCAGGAUGUCGUCCCAGGAGUGGGCUACUUACACGGGACGGUUUGAAGCGGUCCACGUCAUCCAGAGGCUGCUGGAGCGACCCUGCCCAGAGCAGUUUGGGGAACAGUACAAGCCAGAGCUGCCGCUGGCCCCCGAGGUGGGUCCGAAGCCUGCGGGCUCCAAGAACUGCUUGCAGAGGCUCACCGAGUUUGUGCGGUCCAUACUUACCUCCCGCUUGCGCCAAGGCCUGGAGGAUGGGGGCGUCCUGGACCACAUGGUCAGGAUGACCACGAGCCUCUACAGCCCCGCCGUGGCCGUCGUCUGCCAGACCAUGUGCCCCGAGAACCCCCCCUGUGUAGGGAAAAGGCGGCUGGCGGUGCAGGAAAUCCUGGCGGCACGGGGGGACCUGGAUACGCAAGCCCAAGAGAGGGACAAAGCGGAGGGCACCGAGCAGCGAUUCCGGACCUCCCAGGCCGCGGGGGUCUCCAGAGAGGGGGCCCCCAGAGCCAGCUCCACGUCUUCCCAGCUGCCAGCUGCCCCGCGGAAGGCCAGCCUCCUGUCCCUGCAACUGCUGCGGCGGAGCAGCGUGCGGCCGGGCGUGGUCAUCCCCAAGGUGCGCGUCAGCAAGGCACCCGCGCCCACCUUCCAGCCCGAGCGGGCGGCGAAGGGCAGCACCAAGGACAGCGCCCACCUGCAGCUCCCCAAGUGGAGGUACAAGGAGGCCAAGGAGGAAAGAAGGAAGGCGGAAGAGGCAGAGAAGCAGCGGCUGGCCAGGGCGCAGAAGGAGAAGCGGGCACCGUCCUGGAGGAAAAGGACGUGAGGGGGGGUGGGGUGUGUCUGGCGGGGGGAGGAAGGACGCAGAACCCGGCCGGGGAUGAGAUGCUGCCCGGAGCCCCAGAGGAGGUGGCGGCGAGGCCGGGUGGGCUCCUCCCUGGGAAGGAAGCGCCUCCGCCCGGCCCCUUGCCUUUUACGCACCACACGUCCCUGUGCCCCGCAGGCUCCUUCGGGCCCGAGAAAACGUUUGUGUUUGUUCAGUUUGCACCCAAGAGUGAAUUGGGCAUAGCACUAAUCGAUUUGCCUAAAACCAGUUCCCUUAGCAGUCAGUACACUUAGUGGGCGUUUUACCUAAAAGUUUAUCUUUAGAACCUCAGUUAAGAAAUUUCAGAAGGGCAUUUUCUGUAUAAUUUUGUAUUUUUAAUCACAGUCAAAUGUGCAGCACUUUACCAGCCCCAUACAGAGAUGGAGCUCUUUGUACUUAGGAUGGUUUUAAUGCAUUUGUCUGAAGACCCUUUGUUUAAAGUACCGGUUCUAGCAAUAAUUACUUGUGACAUCCCUAUGAUUUCACACAGAAUUUGUGGCAUUCUCCCCCCUUUUGCUGUUUGUUUGGGUCUUUGCCUUUCCAUCUCAUGUGGGUGCCCAUGAGCACCGCAUGUUCUUAAUUGGAUUAAGUGAUGCAGAAUAUUUCUUUCCAUUUGAUGGAGGCAUUUACUUUACAGCAAAAUGAUCAAGUAAGCUAGAGGAAUCAGAUUUCCUUGUACAUCCAGUGCUAAAAAAUGAUGAAAACCCGGUUGUCAAAGUAGGAGACUGCAUAGAGAAGCACGUAUUUAUUGCUAGAACUAAACUCAUUUUAAGCAAGGGAUUUUAGAUAAACUGUAUACAAAGUCUUGAACAUAUUCAAAAAUAGAUAUUGACAUAAAAAAGUAUUUAAGAAAAUAGGGGCAAAUUUAAUAAUUAUUACUGGAAACAAAAGUAAGUUAUGUGCUCUUAGAUAAAUUGAAUUCAGAUAUCCUUAAAAUGUAAAAAAGAUGCAAAAAGCAUAAGGAACCCAGAGUUCUGCAGACUGCUGAAAUGGGGGCAGGCGUAAAUUUUUAGAGAAAUAGGGAUUAGAAUUGAAUAUUAAGCAAACGUGUUUUAGGCAAAUUUGCCUGGAGUGAGCUGGGUUGCUUCCUCCUCCUGACUCAAUUCCAAGGAAUCCCUGGUGUGGAAUUACUUUCUUUUUUUCUUUGAUGACUGCCCCUGAUGUUCAGUUCACCCUCAUGGCGACUUUGUUGACUUUCCAAGAUGUCGGGACUUUGGCAGAGCAUGUGUGUGAUUUGCCCCGGGCCCUGAGCUCUCCGAGGGAGUUAUCUCCAAAGCACUGAGAAAUUCUAAUGAAUCUCUGGCCAUCUGGGUUGCAGAGUCUCUCUCACAUAUGCACUACCAACAGCACUUUAUUUAAAUAUUAUCCUGUUCAGAAGCCAUAGAUUUAAAAUAUUACAGACCAGUUUGGAAGCUCUUUAUUAUAACCCUAGAUUCGCAGGGGAAAUCGCACUCCCUGGCUAUGCGGUAACGAACACCUGUCUGUCUCAUUAUGUGGGCGGGGUAGCGCCGGCUCCCCCUCUUCCCCCCCAUCCUUCAGAAUUGAGCAUCUCACACUCACCUUCCCCAGAAUCUCAAUAGACCAUCAGGCUGCACCCAGACUGAUGGGAGACAGGCGUGACGAUGAUACAGCUCUUAAAGUCAGAUUUUAGUGAGUUCCUCCCUCAUCGCAGAAGGGCGCAAGAAGAAUGGCACAGAGGUCUGGACCCACUUUGAGCAUCACUGAUAUAGUUGGCUGUUGGGUCACUUUCGUGCCUAAGAGUUGAGGUUGGCCAAGUCCCCUUGGAUGAGAUGAAGGCUGGUCCCCGAGGUGGAGAGAAACACCCGUUUCCCUGACAGUCCAAUCCAUAUCCUUUGAGAUCAUUUUUGUGUUUAUGUAUUUUCGUUGCUUUGAAUGGUUGGCUGCGUUUUUCUCACCAAGGGGUCAGCCCUCCUCCCUCCCCUCCAGUGUCGGUCAGGGAUGGGGCACUGAUGAGCAAUGUCCCCCCCCCCCCCAGCUCUGUCACCACAUACAUUCCCUGCUGACCCCUUUGCCUCCUUUUUUCCUUAUUUGCUUUUUCUUUGUUUUGCCUGUUUCCUGCUCCAGAUUUAGCUAAAUGCCUUGAUCAUCCCUGGCCCCACUACUCUGAGAUCUAAAAAGGGCGGAAGAGCAAGGCAAUGCUGAGAGGUCAACAGUGUCCCUGUGGAAUUAUCAUGUCAUGCCCUCCAAACACCCAAGAGUGAAUGAACGGCAGAUUCCGCCAGCUGCUUCCGUGCAGAAUGUUGGCACAACUCCCCCACCUGCACCCCGCACUUUCCCCCUUUUUUCUCUUUAAGGAGGGAGAGUUGGUUUGCUCUCCUAACAGGUGAUAGCACCGCCCUGCCGUACAGAGCAGGCGGGAUCUGGCGUCUGCUUGCGCUCCUGAUGUCUAUUAACUGUAAAUAGUGAAUCUCAACUUGACAGGUACCCUCUCAGGGAUUUAUAUAUAAAUGCAGUUAGGGGAAAAGCUGAAGUCUAUUUUAAUACUUUUUAGCAUCUGAGUGCGUUAUGAUUAAACUAGAUAGAAGAAAUAUUUCUAAGACAAUGUCAGUGCUGCUGUUUUCUGGGGAGAGGCCUGGGAAUCACCCCUCGUGUUGAGAUUUCUUGAUUAGUAGAAACUCGGGACUCUGGCAGCUGAAAUGGCUUUGGAGUGGAUGUGAAGUCACUUCAGUGCCUCUAAGUUGCCUCUUGUGGAUGUGAACCCUUGUAUCAAAAAAAAAAAAAAAAUUCAGCCUUUAUGUAUGUGGAGAUGGCAUAGAGUGACAACACAGAUGGACCAUUCAUCACUUUCACCUCUGCAGCUGUUUCCUCCCCAUCUGAUCCAGGGGUGUGUGGUGUGACGGUGACAGUGUUUUCUAUCUGCUUAUGCAAAUCGUGUUCUACAGUCAGCCGAGCGCCAAGCUCACUGCUGGGAGCGGGGAGGGAAAAGCUGGAAUGACCGCGGUGUUCAGAGACUUUGCACGUCUUUGGCUACCUUUGAGAAAUGCAACACACGACACUGUGGACCUUCGUGACUUUUUCUGCAGCACCUCCCCACGAGCUCCUGGCGGCACUAGAGGCCUCGGAAAUAGGGUCGGAAAUUGCAGUAGUUCGUCAUCUCAACUUCGGGCACUCCUGCUACUCGCUCAUUCUGCAUUGGAGGACAGAGUUCGUGAUGUCAGUUGGAAAGUGGGAUUUGUGGAUGCAGGGUGGCCAGGGCAGGCCGCCUCUGCCCGCUUCCUUCCGUGCUGUGGGCGACCAGGUCUCUGGAAGUCCACUGAGUGGAGAUGAGGCUGUGAAACAAUCCCGUGAGGUGGGCCACACCCCAAUCCUGAAGUGGAUGCAAAGCCUGCUGUCUCCAGGGAAGAAUCAUGGGUACCGAGUUACUAUGAAGAAAAGCACCCCUGAGGGGUCGUUAAAUGAGCUAAGACUAAGAAGUAGGGACGAUCUGACUCUUGCAGCCUCUGGCAGGAUCACUGUAUUCCCCGCUCAUCCAUGCUACGUUAAGGCGGAGACUGUCUUUUCAUCAUUCACUGGAGCUUGCUCCGCGAAAGGAGUCCUAGCCCUGACGGAUGUCAGGUGCAGUGCUUACCCCAGGUUCACUUGGAGACCUGUGCUCGCUCAUUUCCCAUCCUGAUACAAUGCAGGUACUUGCUGCAGGGCUAAGAUUAUCAGGAACUAUUGUAAGCUGCUAAUCGAAAUCCAUCUUUUAUAGGAUGAAGUGCUGACACUUUUUCUUUUUCACAGUAUUUGGGGAAAUCCUAACGCGCUACCCAAGUAUUCCCUCGCGAGCCUUUCCGUCCCACGUGGGUAACUGUUUGGAUUCUGCAUUCGGCUGUGGGUGCCCGGCUCACAGGAUCCCUCAGGGCUCUGGUCUGUGUGUCUGGUUUCCUCGGCGGCAGGCUCACACUGGGCCCCUUUCAGCCGAGCCUGGCGGACCAUGGUCUUCUGGGGAAGGAAUGGCAGAAGACCCAUCACGCCUGAUGCUCAUAAAACAACAAAGUCCCAUUUGCGACAACAGCUGGCAUUGGGCACAUAAUCACGGCAGCGGGAGGGAGGGCUGUUGCCACGAAGAACUUACAGCAAACCAGCUCUUCCUGCAAACGCUGGUUGCCGCCCUCUCCAUGCAUUUAGACUUUGUUUCAGACGUCCGUGUGACGCUUGAAUCAGCUACUCGUGGCUGUGCUCUUGAAUCCACAUGUUUCUUCAUUAACAUUUAAAAUAAGUGGCUAAAAAAAUUCCUCUGGAGGUUUUUUAUUUUAAAGAAAUAGAAAAAAACAAAAAACCACCACUGCCUGGUUUGAUGUAGCUCAUUUUUGAGGGACUCAGUUGAAUGCCAGGGCUGCGUGCAAAGUCUCUCCUUCCCCUGACCCAGCCUGAACUAAGGCUCAUGUGAAAGGCACAGCCCUGCGGUGCUCUGAUGGCCCUCAGCUGCAAGUGGAGGUGUGUGAUGUGAUGUGAUGAGUGCACACACACACACACACACACACACACAGGAAGGAGUCCGGGCUUUGUGCUCACAGACGGGACUGCCAUUGUGGCUCUCAGGUAACGUCUGGUGUGACCUGAUUGGAUGGCACGUAGUGGAAGGUGGGACGGCCCAAGACCCCCACUGGGAGGACUCCAGUGUGUCCACUGUGGCACAGGACACAGCCAGUGUGUCAUAACGCAGGUCUUGUCGAAAGGUGGUGUUGGCCUGGGCGGCUCAUGUAGGAGCUCCUGGGCAAGGUUGUGUAGCCGGGCCUGGGCCGUCGCUCUGCUGUUGGCUGCCUCCUUGGCAUGGAGGGGCAGAAUCCAGAGGGGCUGCUUGGGGAGCUCCACCAGGCAUUCACCCCAUGGCACUAGGCUAACCACAGAGUCAGCGUCUUACCCUGCGGAGGCACUGAGACCUUCCCAAGUCUGCCCAAGUAUCAGUACUCUAAUUAAUCAACGCUAACACAGUUUGGUUUUUGAGAGAAUCAUUUCAUCAUAAUGGGACACCUUUAUAUUGUUUUGGAAGAACAUGAAGACGAGAAACAAAAUGAAGCCAGCCGUUGCAGGCACGGCAGUGGCCUGUGUUGAUUCGAUGCUUUAUGAAAUUUUGGGAGGUCACAUUGAAGCACUUUAACACCAGUUUUUGAGAAGAAGUUCUAGAAGCUGGUUUGGAACCUCACAGCUCUGUCAAACAGGAUGAAAACCAGAAAAGGAUGCUAUAAACCUGGCCAUGUUACCAGCAACCCUGUGAGCCUCUCGGCCAUGCUAAGGAAUUUGAAUACUAGACCCCAUUCAAACAAACAGGCAAAGCUAAUCUCAUUGGAAUUCUCUCUUCAUUCAAAUCCUUGUUCUGCCUCACAUGUAUUGGGUGUCUGAGAAUGUGUGUUUUUAACAAGGGUGACUAAGAAGUGUAUGGACUUUGCACAGGUGCCAGGUUUCAGGUUAUGUCAUGUUGGUAUAAGCUUUGUUUUCUGAAUGUAAAACUAUUUUCAUUGUCAUUUCUAAAAAUCCCGUAGAUUUCCGGAUAUUGUAAAAAUGUUGAAUAAGGAUAUAGGUGUGUAAAUUUCAUAGUGUUUUAUUUUGAGGUGAGAGUUUUGUUACAGUUUAUAAAAGAUAUUUUUCUAUUUAGACCUCAGGGCUAUUUGGGGACCUACAAAUAAAUGUGACCCCAGCAGUUUCAAUUCUUGAUAUCCAAACGGUUAAUAAUCAUCUUUAAGUUAAAUAGGAUAUAUUAUUCAGCAGAAAGAAUGUGUCUUUCCCUUUUAGCUUCUCUUUUAACAAACUCUGUAUCUAAAGUUUAAAACGUGUAGCAAAAAGGAUGUGGGUCAUGUAAAAAUGUGGGGAAAUUGUGGCUACGGAAUUUAAAAUCACUUGUGAAAUAAAGUCUUAUGGUACAA